AUGACUGUCCCUCUCACCAAGGUUGACUCGGCCAUCGCCGGUCUCUCCAUACAUGAUGAAAAACCCCCUGCCACCACCGAGAAAGAAGUCAAGGGCUCCAAGAAGGAGAAGGGGCAUCGACGUGCCUCGUCUGCUGCCGAAGCCGGUGUCUGGCGAAUUGAGGAUCUAGAGGAGAAGAAGAUUGAAAUCACUCUGCCAAUCGAGACACAAAAGACGGGAUGGAAACUCAACACUUCACCAUCAACAAUCGAAGACAAGGACAUUCUCAAACUGCAUCUCGUCAACCCUCCCGUCAAGAGGAUCGACCUGCACUUCCCCCUCGGUCUAGAGGUCACCGCCAGGAAUUCCAAAGGUGUCACAAUCAAGGACGCUCUGGACGCCAUCCACAAGCAAUUCAAGAAGAAGGCGGACGAUGAACUCGACAAGCCCUACCUCGCUGGCUUCGAGUGGGACAAGGAUGAGUGCUGGACACGCCUCAUUGUCCACCAGACCCACGUCAGCACAAUCCCCAAAGAGCCCAGCAGCAAGAAGUCCAAGAAGAAGAACAAGGACGAGGCAUAG